AUGGUGGUCCUUGCGUAUAUAUUGGCGGAGACCACGGGUGGCCGAGAGGCCGAAAUUGGUGCGACGAUCGUGGAUAUCCGGAACGAGUGGUUAUUAAAUGACACCGAGGGCCCCGUGGCUGAAUUGCUCGAGAAUCGGCUACUAGGGUUUAGCAUCAGCCAGACCGAGGUUCCACUGAAGAUUUCUGAGGCUCGGCGAAUUUUUGACGAAGAGCUAUGCCUCAAUGGCCGUUCUAGCCCUACGUCUGAGAUCCCCAUACUAGAUCUACGGCUCCUCGUCGACAACUGGGAUGCCACCGCGCCCGGCCAGUCAUUCCUGACGGAUUCGCGGAACUCGCGGACCGCCGAGGGGCAUUGGGUGGUGUCCGCGGAUGCCGCGCAGCAGUAUAAGGAUGGGGUGCAGCGUUUCCUUCGAGCACUCCUCGUCCCCUUCUUUAUUAGGUUGGGUUAG